CGGGACUUCUGUCGCCGGGUCGCAGCAGCUGUGGUGCUGAUCACCUGGGAGCGAAUUAAAAAUGGGCGAUGUUGAGAAAGGUAAGAAGAUUUUUGUUCAGAAGUGUGCCCAGUGCCACACUGUGGAAAAGGGAGGCAAGCAUAAGACUGGACCAAAUCUCCAUAGUCUGUUCGGGAGGAAGACAGGUCAGGCUGCUGGAUUCUCAUACACAGAUGCCAACAAGAACAAAGGCAUCACCUGGGGAGAGGAUACCCUGAUGGAGUAUUUGGAGAAUCCCAAAAUGUACGUCCCCGGAACAAAAAUGAUCUUCGCUGGAAUUAAGAAGAAGGGAGAGAGGACAGACCUAAUAGCUUAUCUUAAGGCUACUAAUGAGUAAUUCUGAUGCCUUAUUUAUUA